AUGGCAGGCGGUCAGCGGUGCAAGGGCAGCUACGACCCCGGCAUUGGGCAGAACAGGUCACAUGGCCACGAAUCUCACGAUCCAGACCGCUUCGGCUUCACCAUUGGUGCAAAUUGGCGGGAGUUUACAUGCUCACGAGGUACCUUUUUGGUGGGGCACAAUAAAAUGAAGGCUGAGCGUCGCAUACGAAUACACACGAUACGGAGCGAACAGAAACAAAACGGCGACCGACGAUUAGGAACCACUGGUAACAUCAACAUGCUCGCAUUGCUGCAUCUCCUACUACCUAUGUACGCAGGGUCCAUCGAACGAGCCGUAGAAAUGAGGGAAACCGCUACAAAAUGCACAUGGAAAAUCAAACGCUUUUUGCAGACCAACAGCCCGGAAGCGACUGGCAACAAACGCCGGAAUCAGAGUGGGACGCUCAAAGGAUGGAGCAUUACAACCAAUCUAUGGUCGGUGGAAGAGGAUAGGAAGAGACAGAGAGACCGAGGAACUCCGUAA